AACCUUUUGACUCUUCUUCUCUCUCUCUCUGCAAAUUCAAAACAGUGAAAAAAACCUCUCUUCAUUUUUUAACUCCCUCUCUCUCUCUCUCUCUAUGGAGAGACGAACGAGACGAGUGAAGUUCACAGAGAAUCGUACGGUCACAAACGUAGCAGCUACACCAUCUAACGGGUCUCCGAGACUGGUCCGUAUCACUGUUACUGAUCCUUUCGCUACUGACUCGUCUAGCGACGACGACGACAACAACAACGUCACGGUGGUUCCAAGAGUGAAACGAUACGUGAAGGAGAUUAGAUUCUGCCAAGGUGAAUCUUCUUCCUCCACCGCGGCGAGGAAAGGUAAGCACAAGGAGGAGGAAAGCGUAGUGGUUGAAGAUGACGUGUCGACGUCGGUGAAGCCUAAAAAGUACAGAGGCGUGAGACAGAGACCUUGGGGAAAAUUCGCGGCGGAGAUUAGAGAUCCGUCGAGCCGUACUCGGAUUUGGCUUGGGACUUUUGUCACGGCGGAGGAAGCUGCUAUAGCGUACGAUAGAGCCGCGAUUCAUCUCAAAGGACCUAAAGCGCUCACGAAUUUCCUAACUCCGCCGACGCCAACGCCGGUUAUCGAUCUCCAAACGGUUUCCGCCUGCGAUUACGGUAGAGAUUCUCGGCAGAGCCUUCAUUCACCGACCUCUGUUCUAAGAUUCAACGUCAACGAGGAAACAGAGCAUGAGAUUGAAGCGAUCGAGCUAUCUCCGGAGAGAAAGUCGACGGUUAUAAAAGAAGAAGAAGAAUCGUCGGCGGGUUUGGUGUUCCCGGAUCCGUAUCUGUUACCGGAUUUAUCUCUCGCCGGCGAAUGUUUUUGGGAUACCGAAAUUGCCCCUGACCUUUUGUUUCUCGAUGAAGAAACCAAAAUCCAAUCAACGUUGUUACCAAACACAGAGGUUUCGAAACAAGGAGAAAACGAAACUGAAGAUUUCGAGUUUGGUUUGAUUGAUGAUUUCGAGUCUUCUCCAUGGGAUGUGGAUCAUUUCUUCGACCAUCAUCAUCACUCUUUCGAUUAAAAAUCUCUUCUUUUUUGGGGAAAUUUUUGUGUGGUGAUGAUGACGUGGAUACAUCGUGACCGUCGGCUUACCUUUUUUAGUCUGAAUGACGUGGACUGUUCAGAUCAACUGAAGCGCAAACCCAAAAAAACUAGGGUUUUGUUUUAUUAAUUUGUGGGUAAAUAUUUUAGUUAAGAAGAAGAUAAGUAUGUUAAUGUUUAUCAAGGUUUGGACCUUUCGUUGUUUUGGUUCCUCUCUCUGAGAUUGUCUCAACGGUAGGAAGCAGUAUAUAAAUGUGUUUCUAUGUCUAUAAAUUAUUUAUGAAAA